UUUUAUAAUUGCAUUAUGUUGGUGACAUUGUUAAGAUGUCUGACGGUCGUGGUUUACUUUUCUUUUGACAAAAUUUAGAAAGAUCGGAACUUAACUGGAGUUUCGACGCAUUAAGUCUAAUAACCUUUCUUCACAUGUAACUGCAGUCUUCUGACCUAGUUAUGGGAAAAACGAUUAAGUGGAAAAAGAGACAAGGCGACCCAGGAGAGAAUGCGGACGAAUCGACGGAGUCGUGCGACGAAAAUGUCAAGUCCGCAUGUCCUCACGUCGCGAAAGCGGUUGACCUGACUCGGCUGAAGAAGGCACUGAAGGUCGGAGGCUUCGAGAAAGAGUGCGCAGAGUGUUUGAAGAGUACGAAGACAGAGGUGUCUGACCCAGAUUUUGUGGAGGACCUUUCUCUGUGGAUGUGUUUAAGAUGUGGCUCGCAGCUCUGCGGCCGCGCUCGUAACCAGCACGCUUUGAACCACUUCAACCGCCCGCACUCGGACUCCCACGCGCUAACUGCCAACACCACGACUUGGGCAAUCUACUGUUACAACUGCAAUGAUGAGGUUACUGCUACUAGCGCGAAAAAGCUACACGAAUGUAUCGAGUAUCUUAAAAAGCAGGCUUUAUCUGGUGGCAGUACGAAAUCCUUGCCGCCAAUCGAACUGCCACCGCCAGAGACAAUAAUAAAAGCUGAUUAUACUUUCAAAGGCAAAGACAAAGCCAUGGGUUUUACCGCACAACGAGUGAGAGGUCUCUCUAACUUAGGAAAUACGUGUUUCUUUAACUCCGUCAUGCAGUGCUUGGUGCAAACGCCGUACCUGCUCCCAGUCUUGCAAGAGAUGUCGGCGACGGGGGAACAGUUCACGUUGCCGGGGGGCAAGUUGAGCAUGAAGCAGGAUGGGGAGAAGGAGAUGGAGCUGCCCCCUAUCACAGGACAGCUGUCCGAGUGGGGCCCGUUGACUAGGACAUUGGCGGAGACUUUGUCAGACUUGCAAUCAGGGGAAGGUGGCGUGUACACGCCUCGCAAACUGCUCUCGGCGCUGGUGAACAAAUUGCCUCAGUUCGGAGGUGGCGACCAGCACGACGCCCAUGAGCUGCUGAGGCAUCUUCUAGAGGCCGUCAGAUCAGAGGACCUAAGGCGCUACCAGUCCGUGAUCCUCAACAGCCUGGGCAUGAACUCUAAAGUUGACCCUUCAAAAGUGGAUGGUGAGGUCAAGCAGAAGGUCAAGUUCUACGGCCAGCAGGCCUCUGACACCAUGCUGAGGCCGGAACAGGUGUUCCGCGGCUUCCUGGUGUCGACGCUGGAGUGUCAGGAGUGUUUCAACCACUCGGACCGCACGGAGUACUUCCUGGACCUGUCGCUGCCCGUAGCCGCCUGUCGCCCGCAGCCCCCAGCCGUUGUCCGCAGGAAAACCCCCAACGAGGAGAUGUACAACCAGUACAACAGUCAGGAAGAGAAUAAGCCCUCGAAACACCAGCUCAAAAAGGAGCGUAUAGCGGCGAGGAAAGCGGCGCGCAAAAACAAAGGUAAUUCCACGUCGAAGGAAGAAACCACCACCGACGCGAACUCUAAAAAAGAAGAUGGCAAGUCUUCAUCCGAACAAUCAGACGCCGAUGUAGAAGAUAAUCUAGAAGAUGCCCCGAGGCGAGCCGACACGCACAGCACCUCCGUCGGAACCCAGGCCAUCGCACACACCGCUGCCAACUUUGCCCAUUACCUCAACAUGGAAUCCGGGUAUAAUUCUGAAAAAGUCAUAAGCUCAGACUCCAUCCGGACCAGCCCGGUGCAUUUAACCGAGAAGGAAACUCCAGAAGAAAAUGGGAAAGAGUAUGUCGACUCAUCUACAUCAACUAUGGCCGUCCCGCUUGAAUACAAGCCUCUUGCACCAUUCGAGAACCUAUCCAAUCCGGACUCAGGAGUAGCGAGCCCCGAAGCCACUAAGCAUAACUCCACAGAGACGGUUGACCAUGUCGACUCUCCUACUGAUAAUAAGGAACUCGGUAGUCCCAGUUCGCUUUCAAGCGAGAUCAAUUUGGAGCUGACAGAACCAAGUCCGGGAACGGAACCGGAGAGACCUGUGUCCAGGAUUGCUUUCGCUCCAGAGUAUACCAAUAAAGUUGUAUCUAGAGGGAUAAGUGUAGCCGGCUCAAGGCAGUUGCUAGAACAGAGUGGAGACAGCAGUUAUGAAUCUCCGCCUGAUGCGAAACCAGCGGAAACAGAAUUGACUAAUCAUGUCGAAGUCACGAACAAACUUGAUAAGCUCAAGCUAGAUAUGGAAGAAAAUCUAAUAGUCCCUCCGGCCCCGGCUUUGCCCGCCCCGUUACCGCGGCCGACGCUCGGAGGCGCUGAUGACAAAGGCCUCAUGGAUUACCUGUCCUACUCCCGCAAUACGACCCGCCACGUGAGCGACGAGGACGAAUGCAGCGUCGCCUCCUGCCUCAGCCAGUUCACAGCUUUGGAACUGCUUACUGGGAACAACAAAGUCGGAUGCGACACUUGUACUAAGCGCGAAGGUCAGGAAAAAGGGAAAACAGUCUACACGAACGCUACUAAACGCUUCUUAGUGGCCAGUGCACCCGCUAUCCUCAUUCUACAUUUGAAGCGUUUCCAGCUCGGACCCCGCUGUAUGUUCAGGAAAAUGUCCAAGCAUGUAGACUUCCCGGCCAUCUUGGACUUAGCACCGUUCUGCGCUAUGGACAAGCUUCGCAAGCAGCCCGGUAUCAACCGGACACAGGAACAAGUGCUAUACUCUCUAUAUGGUGUCGUUGAGCACUCCGGAGGCAUGCACGGUGGGCAUUAUGUUGCAUAUGUGAAGGUUCGGGCGCCAUUACGACGCGACCAUCCUCGUUGGGGCUUUUUACCUAAGAGCGCUAAUGUAGCACCUCCUGCCGCUGAAGCCUCAGAUGCACCAGAACCUGACUCAGAGUCCGAACUCUCCGGAUACGAGUCCGGUGAAGGAGCACCAAUGCCCGACUCCCCGCCUGGCAAAUGGUACUACGUCUCCGAUAGCAUGGUGUCAGAAGUCAGCGAGGACAAAGUAUUAAGAGCGCAGGCCUAUCUACUAUUCUACGAGAGGAUCCUAUAAGCCUAAUUUAACCAGCGUGCUGUAUAUAGCUUGUUAGCUUUUCCUUUUCCUAGUUGGUUACCGGUGAUCCGUGUUACUCUGUUUUGUUUAUUGUAUCCUUAGGACAGGUAACCAUUGAGCUCGCCCCGAAACUCUGUAGCGACGAUAUUUCGUAUUUUAUUACGGCUCUACGCCUCAAUUAUGUACACAUAUAUGCUCGUAUUAAUAAACCGUUAACUGAUAUCUUACUCUAGUUUUAAAGAGGAAAAGUGAGCUGUUUUCCUCUUUAAUUUUGAGGUGUAGU